UCUCCAUUCAUCAUUUUACACAUCUAAACAACAAAUCCCGACCUGUCCUGUGCGCAAAGGGAAAAACUGAUGAUGGGUGAGAAAAAAUGACGAGGGAAAACACUGGGCGGAUUACUAGGAUUGGAUGGUACGAGUGAUGCAAUCCCUGCAUCCUCCGAAGCCCCAACUGGAUCCCGGAGAAUCUGGCCGGAUAUUUUGCCUCACCGAGUUUCAUUAAUGACAAUUACUACCUUUACCGAGCGAGCACACUUUUAACAAGUGCUUCUUCGUUACGAGUGUUUUUCUCCACGCCCGUGGAAUAGGACCAGAACAUCUUCAACAUCGGUGGAAGGAGCAUGAAAUCUUAAUGCCAAUUGUUGAACGACUGAUGUGAGUCAAUCAAUCACGCUAAUUACGAGCAUUUAUUUGUGCAUAUUUAAUCGUGAUUUGGUUUCUUUCAUUUGUUGCAGUGCAGCUUUAGAUGUUGUGAAGCACGUCCUUUGCUUCGAGCUGCACCCUGGAGAAUUGCGUAUCGACUCUUUGUCGCUCCUCGUAUUAAACUGAAACGCUCGGUUGCAUUUUAGAUUUCAGAUACUUGAUCGGUUUUCCAUUCGUCUUGGAUUUUUCUUUUUUUUUUCUCCGCGCAUAACCUACAGGGAAAAAAUUUACCGUCGCAUCCCCUUUCAUCUUCACUAUGAAUUACCUGCGACGUCGACUAUCGGACAGUAAUUUCAUGUCCAACCUCCCCAAUGGCUACAUGACCGAUUUACAGCGGCCUGAUCCGCCGCAGCAGAGCCCAGCCCCGGUGCUCUCGCCGGGCUCUCAAGAGAGGCGUCAACCCCCCAGCCAGUCUACCGGCUCUACCGCCGGCUUCUUUUCCUCCAUUUCCAACGCCGUCAAACAGACCACCGCCGCAGCCGCCGCAACCUUUAACGAGGCCACCGAGAGAGGAAUCGGCUCGAGCAACGCCAAGAUCCUCCUGGUCAUUGAUGACCAGCAGACAGACUGGGCAAAGGUAUUCAAAGGCAAGAAGGUUCAUGGUGAAUUUGACAUCAAAGUAGAGCAGGCUGACUUCUCUGAGGUUAAUCUCGUGGCUCAUGCAACGGGAAGCUACAGCGUGGACAUUGAGGCCAUCCGCAAUGGCAACAAAAUCACAAAGUGUUUCAAGCCAGAUUUUGUGCUGGUGCGACAGCAUGCUUUUAGUAUGGCCAAGAAUGGCGACCACAGAAACAUUGUGAUUGGACUUCAGUAUGCUGGUCUGCCCAGUGUCAAUUCCCUUCACUCAGUCUACAACUUCUGUGACAAACCAUGGGUGUUCGCUCAGUUGUCCAGAUUGUACAAGCAGUUGGGUCCAGAGGAGUUCCCACUGAUUGACCAGAUUUAUUACCCCAACCACAAGGAGAUGAUCACAACACCUGGCUUUCCUGUGGUAGUGAAGAUGGGUCAUGCUCACUCUGGCAUGGGAAAGGUCAAAGUGGACAAUCAAUAUGAUUUCCAAGACAUUGCUAGUGUUGUAGCUUUGACAAAGACAUAUGCCACAUCUGAGCCUUUUAUUGACGCCAAGUAUGACAUCCGAAUCCAGAAAAUCGGUGACAAUUACAAGGCCUACAUGAGGACAUCUAUAUCAGGCAACUGGAAGACCAACACCGGAUCAGCCAUGUUAGAGCAGGUGGCCAUGUCUGACAGGUAUCGUAUGUGGGUGGACGUAUGCUCUGAGGUUUUCGGAGGUCUUGAUAUAUGUGCUGUAGAGGCAUUGCAUGGUAAAGACGGUCGAGAUUACAUCACUGAGGUCGUGGGAUGCUCAAUGCCUCUCAUAGGAGAUCAGCAGGAUGAGGACCGUGCUCUAAUAGCUGAUAUUGUUGUGGCUAAAAUGAACCAGACUGUGGCACGCACUUCAGCUCCCACUCCAGUCUGUUCUCAGGGCCCAGCUGUUUCACCUCAACCCAUCUCCCAACCCAAAGUCCCCCAGGCACAACAGCGCCCUCCUCCACAGGGAGGUCCACAACAAACAGCUGCUAGCACUACUGCUGCUCGUCAAGGAACCCCACCACAACAGCGUCCCUCUCCCCAGGGCCAGCCCCCUGCCCAAACCCAGUCUGUGACCAGUCCUAAUGCCCAGAACCCCCCUGCCCAACAAACCCGGCCCAAUCAACCCCCACAGCGACAAGCCAGUCAAGGGGCCGCAGGUCAGCCGAGGCCCCCCACAGCACAGGGUCCCGCCCAGCGUGGCCCAGGUAGCUCUCCUCAGUCACCAAGGCCCCAGCAAGGUGGUCCGCAACAGCAGCCACAGAGGCCUCAAACUGGUGGCCAGGGUCCCAAACCAGCUGGCCAGCCUCAGCAGAGGCCUCAACAGCCAAGACAAGGCCAGCCAACCAGGCAGCCCACCCAGGGUGGGUCACAGCCGACCCAGGACGCCCCUCAACCAGCCCCGCAACAGCAGGGCAGUCCACGUCCUCCUACCACUCAGCAACCACGGCCUACUGCACAGGGCCAGGGAGGUCCAGGAGGUGCACGACCUCCCCUGCAGCAGAAACCCACACCUCCACAGAAACCAAGUCCUGAUCACCCGGCUCUGAGUGGAUCGCCGCAGCUUAACAAAUCCCAGUCUCUUACCAAUACAUUCAACAUUCCAGAAACGCCGGCCGCCCAGCACCAAAGUCCUAGUCAGGACGAAGCCAAGGCUGAGACCAUCCGCAACCUUCGGAAAUCCUUUGCAAGCCUCUUCUCCGUGGAAUAAACACACACACACACACGCACGCACACACACACAAACACACACACACACACACACACACAGAGAGGUUAUGGAGUCUUAAAAAAAGAAAAGAAAACAUGUAUUCUCGGACAUUUGUCAAUUAUACACAGUAAGGACCAAUUAUAUCACACAUUGCAGUGCACACCAGAUCCGUGCACGUCAAUUUGCAGUAUGCGACAUUAAUAAAACACUGCCUGCAUUGUUAAAGACUGCAAUGUGAAGUGAGAAAUCACAGCAUUACUGCAGUUAAAUCUUUUAACACAGCUGAAUUCUUUAGACACAUUCCCAGUUUUUCGAGUCCAACUGAUGAAGGAAGGUGUGAAAAAAAAUAAACCACACACAGAAACACUCACACGCACCCUUUUACACUACCUACACAGUGACUGGACCCACAUACACUUAGCACACGUGCUAUCUCUAUUCAUUCCAGUCUCCUAUUAUUAACUUAUAAUCCUAGAACCUUUUUGAAAAUGAAAAGUUUUGGUGGACAUUUUGUUGUAAAACCAUCCACCGUCACGCUCUCUCAGAUAUAUGAUAUCUGAAAUAUGUCUGCUAAUUGUCCGAAGCAUGUUCUGUUAAAAAAAGGGGCACCAUCUAAUGAUUUUGAAUGGUUUAUCGUUCCGUAUUUGACAUGCUUGAGCAGGAUUUGGGAUUUUGCAAUGAUGACCCAUUGUGACAUUGUCAAAAUUCUGCACAAGCUUCCAUCAUCGAAACUAACCCCUGCGGCUGUUAGUGCUAGCCACCUGCGAUACUUGCAUGUCACUUAAGGAGAACGUAGUCGCACAAUGUGGGUGGCCUUGCUUUGUGUCGUGUCGUUGCACCUAGAUAAGGUAGUUGUAGUGAAAACUUUGUUUCAUUUUUGUGAGCAAGCUGUCGCUGCUUCCCUGACGUCCCUUUUCCUGACAAGACACACACAAUGGUACACCCUCCGACGUGUUGAAUAUGCCUUAGCCAGAUAGGCAUACAAAAAGAGAUUGGUUUUGUGCAAUCACAUAUGUCUCAGGGAUGUCCUGAAGAGAAAGUCAAAAUGACCUAGUGUCAUUGAUCAGGUCUUCCAACCCAUUACUGUAGAGAGUUACUGAUUGCGAAGGCCAGUAAAGGGAGGAAUCCGUCGAAUGUAUUCGAUUGCUACAUAAACAUGUUUGCACACUAAUACUGUAACACUUGAGAACAUACGAGAUGGUUGAAAGCUCAGGAAGGUUUGUUGCAUCAAGAGAAGGUAUGUUUUGCAUGACUGGAUGAGUAUGUGGGUGUUUGGAGCUGCUUGUUCAUUAUACUUGGGCCCUAUGAAAACGCAAAGCCAAAAUACAAAGCCAAGGAUGCCAUCAGCAGCAAACGUCUACACUGAAAGAUCAUCUUUAGAGGAGAUGCUCGUCACAUGUUGGGUUUUAGACUAAACCGCAUUUAGUAUGACCUAGUGUGAUCCCAGUUACAGAAUGUGGAUCCUUAAACCAACUACUCCUGAAACUUCUCGCCAUAUCCAAGGAGUUUAGAGCUGAACCGGCAGUGUCUUCCACAAGUGACGAUAAAACAUCCCAAUACUGGUGUGUUUUAGGCAAUAGAUUUAGUCAAGGAGUCCGACCCAAUCCUGAAAACUCCCCUGCUUUCCCGCUCACCAGCCUGUUGUGUUUUUUUCAUAGUGAUCCAUUUGUGACAAAUGGUGUGUUAAUGUGUAUAUAUAUGUAUAAUGUAAUGUUGUACCGUAAACUGUUUCAACCAAAUAGAAGUGUUGUACAGAUCUUAACUCAACAAAUGAUGCAAACGUCCUGUAUUUGAUUUGAUCCUCAAAAGGUGAUCGUUGUGGGUCUUGUGUAAGACAGGAUUUUACUUCAAUCAGAUGUGAUAAUAGGUUGUGCAAUAUCUCCACUGUAAACUAAACCUAACAGUUCUGUGUUCUUUAUUUGACCCGUUUUGUGACAAAUGCAGUUGUUAAAACUCAUCUUCAGUGUAUCCAUUGAUAUGAUUGUAAGUGGCUUGACUGGUUCACAUAUGUGAUUAUCUAGAUGGUACUCUAUGAUAUUGUUGUGGCUCAGGCAAACUUUCUGUGCUCUUCUAUGUGAUUCAUGUUUUUAAUGGUUAGGAUAGAUAUGUAUGUUAAAUGAUGGCUUUAAUAAAUGUCUAAGGAAUAACUAUCACUGAUGCAAUCAAGUUUUGGAGGCAAAUGAAAUUUCAGUACUUUAUUUGAAUAUUGCAGUACUUAUGGAAACCAUGCCUGAGGUUUGUACUUCAUGAUUUGGUUUAAGUUUGUGUACUUUUGUGUACUUUCUUAUUUACAUAGCCUAUUCAGAAGAAUUAUCGCCUUUUAAAGAAAAUGUAUUCAAAUGGGUCAUAAUUUCUAAAUAGGUUUGACUGUUUGAUUCUCAGUGAAUUUUAUUGUCUGUUCAUGCCUGCCAAUUGUAUAAAGAAAGGAAGAUAUAAAAUUGAAUCACAGAUAUAUAGAAUUAUAGUCUUAAAUUCUAUUAAAAUUAAAAAAAUAUUGUUAAACAUUGUGUAGUAUUACACAAACAGAUGCAACUUUGAUGUGAUCUUCAAUGUAGCUUAAUAAUGGUGUCAAAUUACUAUGCUAAAGUGUGCACAUAAUCAAUAAAGUCUAUCAAAUAA